AUGACAAACAAGAAAGGCCAAGACCCUAACUUAUACUGUGAUUUUCACAAAGAUUCGGGGCAUUUGACCGAUGACUGCUACAGUUUGCGCCAGGAAAUCGAAAGAGCGCUCAAAAGCGGCAAGCUAAGCCAUUUAGUGAAGAAUGUGCGCAAGGACACCCGUCAACUCCAGCGUCAUGAUGAAGGCAGCCACAAAAAGGUGAGACGGCUAGAGACUCACAUGGUCAACGGACCAAGAUACACCGCGAGAGAAAAAGGCAAACGGCCCUACGAGCCUUCUUGGCAAGAACAGCAAGUCAUAUUCCCAGUAGUGCGCGGCGGUCCUCGCGCUACACGACCCGUCGUCAUUACUGGCAUAAUUGGUCACUAUGAAACUGAAUACAUCUUCAUCGACCCAGGAAGCACAGCCGACAUCAUCUACGAACAAUGUUUCAACCAACUCGAUGAAGAAGACAAAGCGAGACUCGAGCCAGUCGAUUAUCCUUUGUCCGGCUUUUGCAAUGAAAUGGUCUUCCCUCUCGGGCAAAUCAGGUUUCCUACCAAGACAGGCGUCGCAAUCAUAUACGCCAAGAAAGAAGUGAUGUCAACUGAAGAGAUGCGCCCGACAAAAGCGGCGAAGGUCCAGAAAAAUGGGUCUUAA